GAAAUAGAAAAAUUAUUCUUUUAAUAAUUUUUUCAGAGGUCUGUGGUACCUCUAAAUUAAACUUGUUCCUCUAAAAAAAAAGUUAUACCUAUUUCCAAAAAAUGAAACAUAAGUGUACUUUAUUGGCAUUAUUAAUAUCAUAAUAUCAAUCACAACAAUAUUCUUUUUUCCUUUAAAACAGCGUACAAAAAUAAUGCCACAUCGUAUAUGGUCAUCACAUUCUAUUCUAUGAUUAUAACCUAACCGCUGUUUUUCUAAUUUUGUGGUUAUAUUUACGAAUAGAAGCAUUUUUAGGAAUCACAAAUUAAUUCUCUCUGGAUCCUGUUAUGAUGGGCAGUGAAACAAAAGAAAUAAGGCAAAAGAAGAAGCAGUCGACAAAAAUUUGCUUUGAUGAAGAAGUUGUUCCGCAAAAUGUGGCAGCUGAAUUGAAUAAAAAUAACGAGCUGCUGGGAGAUCAAACACAAAUUCUUCCAAACAUACCAAAAAGAAAACAGACACAAAUGAAAAAUAAUGAAGGCAUCUCUGAAAGUGUACAAGACAUAGGGGGUAAAUCAAAAAAACAAAAACGGAAAAAGACAGAGGAAGAACCAGUUGCCGAUACACAAGCUAGUGAUUUGCAAGACGAACAAGAAAUGGACAAUCCGGCUAAAUUACAAAAGAAAGAAUCAAAACGAGCAAAGAAAAAAACACGUCACAUGGAAUUAAUUUUAGAUAAAAAAAUUAAAAACGACAUUAAUUCCCAAGAAAGAAGUUUGAACUACUUGUCAAAGUGGAAACACGCUCGAAAUGACUGGAAAUUCGAAAAAAAUCGACAAGUAUGGCUAAAGCAAAAUAUGUUCAAUGCAGAAAAAAUUCCCGAAGAAUUUUGGGAGACUUUAACAGAAUAUUUCAGUAACUCCCAGGGAAAUGUGAGGAAAAAUAUUUUAGACGAGGCCCUUAAAAUUAUCGAGGGCAAUGAAAAUGAUGAAAGUGUUUUAUAUAAUCGUGCCCGGAGUAUAGUUCAGUGUUUGCAAGAAUAGCUUUACUGUAAAUACGUAUUGUACCUUAUAAUUUUAACAAAUGUAGCAUUUUAUAUAUUCAAAUUGCAAACAGGA